UCUUUUUAUUGUUUGACAGAAAGAGUCAGAAAACGGAUGUGCGGUAUUUCUCUUGCUAGUCCUAACGUGGUGUAAGUUGCCGUGUUUCCAUUUGCCUAGAAGUGAAAAAUUAGUGUUAACGCGGAAAAAAGCACCGAAAUGGCUGACGAAUACUUUUAUGGAGCUACCUUGAAGGAGGGCAACAAAACUGUGACCUGGGACCCAGACACCAAAGCCGAAGGCUACCCACGCACACACAAACUGAUCAUCAAGCAGUGUAUUCUGGGACACGAAGCCGCCUCCGAUGAAUUCAACGUAGUGCAGGUAGAAACAAUGACCAUUCGGGAUACCUUGCGCAUUCCGAUCGCCGUGCUGAAGGUCGGCGAAGCCCGGCAGUGUCGUCUGGAUCUGGAAUUCUCCGACUCGCCGGUGACGUUUACACUGGUAGAAGGCAAGGGACCGGUACACAUCCAUGGACAGCAUUUGCUAGGCUCGCUUGUCGAGGAGUUCGAGGAUAUGGAAGAAAUGGAAGAGGAAGUUCCAGAGGAAGAAGAAGACGACGAGGAUGACGAUGAGGAGGGUGGCCCACAAAAGAAGAAGCAGAAGCUCACCAAUAACUCUAAGGGCAAGCCUGGUGGCCUUCCCGCUGGCAGUAAUAGUGCCAAAAACAGCAAAAAGAAAUAAGCUAUCAUCUCCUGAGGUCCCUUGGAUACUGCGAACUAAUGCACCCAUACACUCAAUGACUGUAAGUGUUUAUGUUCGUUUUCCCUUCCCUUCCCUACAGAACAUCCUGCUCCUUUUUAAAAUUAAACAUUAACAAUAUACACAUCUGAAACAACAGCAGCAUUCUACCACCAAUAGGAAUUGUAAGUCGAGUAAAGUCAUUAAUAUCAAUGCAUAGUAACCACUCGGAAUAAAUAUUAAACCGUUCCUUCUUCAAUCAAUAAAUUCAAACAAGAACGGAGGAAGCAAAUUGCUUCCUCGACUAAAAAAACAAAUCCUAAAUUUAAUAUUAAAGGUUAGUUCAUAAGAAAGCUCACUUCCUAUCCCCUUUACCACGCUCUGUUUUCCACUUCCGAUGUAUAUUUCCUGUCGGCGCCUGCACAUCUGUAUCCAGGUUGUGCCGCAGAAAGGGCAGCAUUUGCUGGAAAAUAAAAAUGAACUCCAGCGAGGUUCGACUCUUAUCACCAUUAAAAUACCUCUUGAUAACCCGAAGAAGGGCAAAAUAUUUGGUGGCCACUUAACUACAAUCAGAGGCAGGCAAUGGCAUAAAGUGUAGCAAGGAAUAUGAAAGCGAGAAAGUUAGCGGAUUAAGAAGAGGUACAAGAAACGUGAGAAAAUAAAGAAAUUAAAAUACA